AUGCACCCUUACACUCCCCAGAAAGUCCUCGAGGAUCCAGUAGACCCUAAACAAGAGACGGAUCCACCCAGGCAGGAGGCAAUCCAUCCUGGUCUUCGCGACUUUAACGAGAUAGACAAGAUGUUUGCUAAACUUGGGAAUGAUGACUUUCUCAAGAGGCGACGUGCCCAAGGUCAUGGGGACGACUGUCUAGAAGGCGGAGGAAAGAACUGA